AACUUCUGAUGCUGUGUGAGAUACCUGGAUUCGUACUUAUAAUGCAACAAGAGUCUAGGCUGUGUGGAUCUAUUCAUGGGGCAAUUGAAGGACUACAAGAUCCUGACUGUGGGGUUAAUCGUUCUGAUUUUGGUGUUCUAUCUCAUGAUGUCUUGGCCUGAGCCCAUGAACCAUUGGAUCCCACCACCCUAUCGUGCCUCUACGCAUGCCUCUGAGCCCAUCUACUGGGACUCUCUCCCUGAAGAACUCACCAACCUGACCAGCCUUCUGUACUGGCCUCCAACUGGUGGUGACAAGGAUGACUUUUUGGCUUCUACCAGCCCCAGAACCUCCACCUACCACUUGAAGGGUCCUGCUCAGGCCACCUAUACUCUGGGAAGUAAUCUAGAGGCCAUUCUUGUGGCUAGGGACCACCAGGGUAGGCCCAAGACUCAUGGUGGAGAUCUGUUUCGGGCAAAGCUGUUGGGGCAGGAAUUGAAAGCAGGAGUCCCAGGGGAGGUGAAGGAUCUGGAGAAUGGCACGUACCUCUUGUCCUUCCCCCUGCUCUGGGCUGGACCGGCCCAGGUGCAAGUGAGGCUGAUCCACUCCAGUGAGGCAGUUGGGGUCCUACAGAGGGUCUGGAAAGUAAAACGGGCCACCGUUGACUUUAGGGGGUAUUUUCGAGGCAGGAAUGGCACUCAAGAGACUGUGAUCUGCAACGUGGACCCCCAGUCGACUGGAGCCAAAGGGCCCACCUGCCAGUACAGGGAUGUGGUCUCUGGGGAGCUCUGGUUCUGUGCUCAACCCUCUACCCUGCCCUGCGAUGCUUUAGUCGGUCACUCCAGUGGAAGUUACCUGAAGGUGACCACACGGCAUGAUGAGAAACUGAUGGCUGGGAGUGUGACUGACCAGCCACUCCCUUCAGGCAUAUCUCCAAUCCUGGUGACACCAACAGCCAUUGGGAACAUGAGGAAUAUGGGCCAGAAGCUGACAGAAAUGGUUUAUUCAGUGAUGAGAUUUGGACCAAGAGCAUCAAAUAUACUAGCCUUGCCCUCUCGGCCCCCAUGCCGCCCUGGCCACCUG